UAAUAAUGUCAAAUGCCAGGCCUGUGACUAGGAGGAGGGAUAUUUUUAUUCACAUCGUCUCUAAAUCACAGCUGAUUCCCAGUUCCGCCAUAUGGACCAAGUUCCGUUACUGGUAGUCACGGUGGUGGGUGUGUUACUACACGGUAAGGAUCUGCUGGCUCUCAAGAAAGGUGAAGGGCUGGCUGUAUCGUUCAUUCUUGGAGACAGGAGAUUAAAUGCAGUUUUGAAUACCUUUAACAGUUAACAAUUUAUUAUGGUCUGUACCUAGGCUUGGCUAUUUUAUCUAUAGCCUUUCUCAGGGAGUGAUAAUUUUAAAGGAAACAUUCAAAUAGAAACCAGUGUGUUUAAUUGACAAUGAAAGUCAUUUUUUUUCAAUUAUGCCAUCAACUGAAUAUUAGAGUAAACUUAAUACUGCUUCAUCUCCGAGGUGUUUAACCCCGGCGCCUCAGUGGUCACCUAGCGGCAACAUGUUCCGGUUGAGGCUCACUCGCCGUCCCUCAGUUGGGACUGUGUCUUUGAAUGGGCAGGUGUGUUUGAAACCUCUUCUAUCAACCUAUGGUAACCAGGCUAGCAGUGUGCGGAUACCAUUGAUAGUGAUAUGUGUGUAUUUCUUGUAUUCAAGUUUGUUGAAAAUGACAUUUAGUAGAGUGGAUAAAUUUAAUAUACCGCCAAUUCAAAAGACGACUAACGGUCAUCAAGAAAAUUGCGCGAUUAAUUUGUAAUGAUAAUGAAGCAUUCACGUGAAUUUGGAUCGUAGAAUUAAGAUUAUACUAUUAUGAGUGUCGUUUCAAGAAGUGGGGCAUAAAAUCAUAGAAAAUUAUGUGGUAUGAACCGUGAAAAGGUGCAUCUAGAGACGCAUCGUGAAGGAUUAGUCGCUAUCUUACCACAUCAUCGUCUGGCGGACAUUAAAGUCACAGGUGAUUUCGACGGAGUAAAGCAGCAGUGUUGUCUCAGUGAUGUCAUUCAACUUGUCGCCAUGGACAUUGACUCUGUCUCUCUUACUGAUGGCUUCCCUCAUGGGGAUGGUGACCGGUGGCCAUGCCCUCCACGCCUCCUGGGCGCAGCUCGAGCAACUCUGGCAGGCAGAAGUCAAAGCUGUGGAACAAAUACGGAAAGUUGUUCUAACACUGAGUGAACUAAAUGGAGUCUUACAUAGGUACGUGCAAUCAUGGGAGGCCAUAGCUGACACUGAGCCACUAGGUGGUUCGGGUGAUCCUGCGGCUGCCUACUCACUCAUCCGUCAUGUUGCGGGCGGUUGGCCGCAGGUGGACGAGGCAAUUAAUGCAGGCCAAGCUGUCUUCAGCGAUAUUAAGGAGCUGGCGUCGCGGGCAGACAGGGAGCUGCUGCCCAACGCGGACGAUGUCGCGGCUGCGUCGGAGGCCGUGGCCAGGCUGGCCCACAUGUACCACCUCAACUUAACUGCUCUGACACACGGCGGCCACCUCCUCCAGGCCCAGUUGAUGGGGGACAACACCUUAAACACAGCAUCACUCCACCAUCAUUCUUUGUCAGUCAGUGACUUGGCGUCCAUCGGGCUGGUGGCGGUGAACAAAGGUUACUUUAGUGUGGGCGUGGAGUUCCUACGGGCAGCCAGGUCGCGGGCAGCCACCCCUGCCCACAAGAACCAUGAGCCUUGGCUCAGGGAGGACUUCUCAGCUCAGAGACUGGACAGCUUGCUCAGUACUGCUGUCAAAGUGCAUGACCACGUCCUGGAGAUAAGAGGCCGCCGUUCUCUCACUCAUGCCACAGCCCCUACACCGUACAGAGAUGAGCGGGGAAGGGUUGGCCACUUGGAUGAGGACGAUGACGUGGUUGUGGGUGUGCAGUACCUAAAGCUGCAUGGGAACAAGACAUGGAUGUUGCAGGAGCGGCCACUGGUGGAGCAACGGCAGGUGGAGAGACUGUGUCGAGGGGAAGACCUCAGGACCAGCUUGGAGAGGUCAGAGCUUCACUGUGGCUACGCCAGCGGUGGCAGCCCCUGGCUGCUCCUGGCGCCCUUCAAGGUAGAACAGAUAUCCCUUGAUCCAUACAUCAUCCUUAUCCACGAGAUCAUCAGCCCACGGGAAAGAGCACAUGUCAAGGAGAGGGCGAGUGGCCACCUUCAUGCUCCACACAACGCCAUGAGAGGCAACAAUACUACCAGGAAUGACUGGUCGCUCAAACACGUGUGGCUGGAGGAAGAGGCCGUGACCUCACUUCAAAGUUUGGGUCUUCGCCUCAGUCACCUGGCGCGAGUCACUGUUGGAGACCACCUCUCCGAACCCUACAUGGUGGCUAACUACGGUCUAGGUGGUAGCUAUGAUGCACACCGGGACACUCAUGGCCCUGUCAGGAGUCCCCCCAACCUGGCCGUCGGGGAGAGGAUGGCCACCAUGCUCACCUACCUGCAGGUGCCCUCAGCAGGUGGCAGAACGGUGUUCCCGUGGGUGGGUGUGGGUGUGGACGCGGUAGAGGGAGCAGCAGUGUUGUGGUGGAAUCUGCUGGCUUCCCACGAGCACGAUUUCCUUACUCGCCAUGCUGCCUGCCCCGUUCUUCGUGGUCACAAGUGGAUCGUAAACAAGUGGGUGGGUUACGGUGCCCAGUGGCAGACUCAGCCCUGCGUCGCCGACCCCUCCAGGAAGGUUAUGGUCCCUUGGUACUAACGGUCAACACGUUCUAAAGUCACCCUUUAAUCCCUUAUGGUCAUGGUUCCUGGUAAUAAAGGUAACAUCGUGCUAAGGUCAUCCCUCUAUCCCACAUUGGUCUUGAUCCUUUAUACCAAUGUCACCUUUGAAUUCCUUCGUGGUUAUGGACCCGAGGUGCUGUAUUGUACUAAGAUUAUGGUCACCCGGUAUUGUGGUCAUCUCAUUUACCACGAGAAAGCACCUGGCACUCGUGUUAAUGCCACCCUUUUAUCCAGUGAGGCUGAAAGCUUUCCUUCUUUUCCUCCUAGGAUUAUUCCCUUUGAGAUAAGGGCUAAACCCCAGGAACACGAUGGUUAUAUUUUAUAACUGAUCUCGGUCUACGGCAUCUUAUAUCGGUUUCUGACCUCCAAUCUCGACCUUUACUUCUUAUCCUACCUUCUGACUUCCGACCACGGUUUCUCACCUUUGACCUAGGCUGUAGGCCUCAUCAUUAACCUGACCUAUAAUAAAAUAAAUAGGUUCAUUUUAAUCUAAAGGGAAUAAUUCCUCUCAUCAUUCACACGUGAUUUAUAUACUAAUGUGUUUAUUUAAUAAAAA